GAACAACCACAGGACUACAGGCAUUUGUAUGUAACUAUCUUCAAAAGCACUACAGCAGGGAUAUAUAAAAACCAUGAAAAGCAAAUUAAUAGGAUUCCUUAUGAACUUUUGGAUUUCUUUUUCAUUCGCUUUGUAUUUUCACGCGGGAGAAAGAGAAGAGAAAUGCAUAAUUGAAGAUAUUCCCAGUGACACCUUGGUAGUUGGGAAUUACAAAGUACAACGCUGGGAUAUACAUACACAUGACUUUCUUGAAUCUGCUCCUGGUUUGGGAAUGUUUGUGACUGUCACAAUACCUACUGGUGAGAUACUGUUGUCAAAACUGUAUGGGCCACAAGGGACUUUUACUUUUACAUCCUACAUCUCUGGGGAGCAUAUCAUCUGUUUCCAGUCUAACUCCACAAGAUUUGCAGUGAUUGCAGGAAGUAAACUGCGUAUCCACUUGGACAUCAGAGUUGGAGAGCAUUUUUUGGAUGAAUCUGCUAUUCAAGCUAAGGACAAAGUAAAUGAAGUUAGUAUCAGGCUAGAGCAUCUAGUGGAGCAAAUUCACCACGUAACCAGAGAACAAGACUAUGAAAGAGAGCGUGAAGAAAAAUUUCGGAAAACAAGCGAAGAAACCAACAGCAAUAUUUUGUGGUGGGCUAUAGUACAAACACUAAUCCUCAUCUCUGUUGGAAUCUGGCAAAUCAAAUCUCUCAGAGAUUUCUUUAUAUCUAAGAAGCUUGUUUAAGUUCUAUAAAGUCAAUGCACAGAUUCAAAAAUUGCACACCAUGUGACACUGAACAUCCAAAGAAACCCUGCACCUAUGAGAAAAUUGCUUGUAUGGAGCUCUCAGCUUUAUCUCAUCUUCUGUUCUAACUGGUGUCUCCAGCUAGGUCACAACCUCUGCCAUCCCUCACGUUUUGCUCCUUGAAUCCCAUCUUUUUACUAUUUCCCCCCAUCUAUAGAUAUAAAGCUAAAUAUAGAAGAAGUCAGUGAC